GUUGGCCGAGUGUGCUCUUUACCCACAACACUUAUCUGCUGCUCCCACUGUCUAUGGCUGCUCCUGUUUAAUGCAAACUACGUUAGCUUUUGUGGCUACUAGUUCCUUGCUGCGAACUCAUUCACUUCGUAUGCAUACUAGCUGAAUGGUUGAACCGGAUAAGGCAGAUAUUUUAGUGUAACGUUGGUAGCUAUCCGUUAACUUUCCAUUCGCUGUAACUGUUCGCUGUUGCUUUUUUUGCAGAUUAGCACAAAUCUGGCUAGCUGUGCGGCUAAUGUUGGUUUUUAGCAUCGGGUCGCGGAUAGCUAGCUAACUGUUGUUAGCCAUCUGACGUAAAUAACGCGGACUUUAGUUGUAUCUUACUUAAAGCCAAGGUAAUACUAGUGCACAGCUAAAUUACAAAAAAACAUUAGCUGUCACACUGGAUGACUAACUUUUAACGAUGGCGUUAACUGUUGAAGUCCCUGCUGAUGAGUGGCCCUGAGAAGUGAUUCCGCUGGAUGAGUUAGCCACAAUGUCCUGUAAAUCAACCAAAGUGGCCCCGAGUGUUGAUUUCGACCACAGUUGCUCCGACAGUGUGGAAUAUUUGACGCUCAAUUUUGGCCCAUUUGAGACUGUUCAUCGCUGGAGAAGACUCCCUCCGUGUGAUGAGUUUGUUGGUGCAAGGCGCAGUAAGCACACUGUUGUGGCAUACAGGGAUGCCAUUUACGUGUUUGGGGGAGACAAUGGGAAGAACAUGCUGAACGACUUGCUCCGUUUUGAUGUGAAGGACUGCUCAUGGUGUCGAGCCUUCACCACUGGAACUCCACCUGCUCCCAGAUAUCACCAUUCAGCUGUUGUCUAUGGCAGCAGCAUGUUUGUUUUUGGGGGCUACACCGGAGACAUCUACUCAAACUCGAACCUGAAAAACAAAAAUGACCUUUUUGAGUACAAAUUUGCAACCGGGCAGUGGACUGAAUGGAAAGUGGAGGGGAGCUUGCCAGUAGCUAGGUCUGCACAUGGGGCCACGGUCUAUAGUGAUAAACUGUGGAUAUUUGCUGGCUAUGAUGGGAAUGCCAGGCUGAAUGACAUGUGGACCAUCAAUCUGCAAGAUCGAGAACAUGCGUGUUGGGAGGAGAUCGAGCAGAGUGGUGAGAUUCCUCCAUCUUGCUGCAACUUCCCUGUAGCUGUUUGCAGGGACAAGAUGUUUGUGUUUUCUGGUCAGAGUGGAGCCAAGAUCACCAACAACCUCUUCCAGUUUGAGUUCAAGGGCCACAUGUGGACACGCAUCCCGACUGAACACUUACUGCGGGGUUCCCCUCCACCUCCCCAGAGACGUUAUGGCCACACUAUGGUUGCCUUUGACCGCCAACUGUAUGUAUUUGGAGGUGCGGCCGACAACACUCUGCCCAAUGAACUGCACUGCUAUGAUGUGGACUCUCAGAGCUGGGAGGUGAUCCAUCCUAGCAUGGACAGUGAGAUGCCCAGUGGGAGACUGUUCCAUGCUGCUGCUGUGAUUCAAGAUGCCAUGUACAUCUUUGGCGGAACUGUGGACAACAAUGUACGCAGUGGGGAGAUGUACAGAUUCCAGUUUUCCUGCUACCCAAAGUGUACACUCCAUGAGGACUAUGGCAAACUGUGGGAGAAUCGUCAGUUCUGUGAUGUGGAGUUUAUUCUCGGCGAGAGGGAGGAGAGAGUCUUGGGGCAUAUUGCCAUAGUGACUGCAAGAUGCCAGUGGCUGCGGAAGAAAAUCUUGCAGGCUUGGGAUAGGCAGCGACAGAAGACUAAACAAGACAGCUUCGAGGAAAGUGACGAAGGGGCAGCUGGAGGGCCGAGGGAUAUCCCAGCAAGCAACAGACCGAUGCUAGAGGUAUCCAUCAGGGAAGCGGAGGCCCAGCCUUUUGAAGUCUUAAUGCAGUUCCUCUACACAGACAAGAUCCAGUACCCACGCAGAGGUCAUGUCCAGGAUGUUCUUCUAAUUAUGGAUGUAUACAAACUGGCCCUCAGUUUUCAGCUUUCCCGCCUCGAGCAGCUGUGUGUGCAGUACAUUGAGGCUUCUGUCGACCUGCAGAAUGUUCUCAGUGUUUGUGAAAAUGCCAAUAAGCUGCAACUGGACCAGCUCAAGGAACAUUGCCUUAAUUUUGUGGUGAAGGAGUCACACUUCAACCAGGUGAUCAUGACGAAGGAGUUUGAACGUCUGUCCACCCCCCUGAUUGUGGAGAUUGUGCGACGAAAGCAGCAACCUCCUCUCCGGUUGUACUCAGACCAGCCUGUGGACAUCGGGACCUCCCUGGUCCAGGACAUGAAGGCGUACCUGGAGGGAGGCGGCUUGGAGUUCUGUGACAUUGUCCUGCUCUUAGACGGACAACCACGGCCUGCUCAUAAAGCCAUUCUGGCAGCCCGAUCCAGUUACUUUGAGGCGAUGUUCCGCUCCUUCAUGCCUGUGGACGGUCAGGUUAAUAUCUCCAUCGGUGAGAUGGUUCCAAGUAAGCAGGCCUUUGAGUCAAUGCUGCGUUAUAUCUACUAUGGCGACGUUAACAUGCCUCCAGAGGAUUCCCUCUAUCUGUUCGCUGCACCAUAUUACUACGGGUUUUCAAACAACAGACUGCAGGCUUACUGCAAGCAGAAUCUGGAGAUGAAUGUCACUGUGGAAAAUGUCUUGCAGAUUCUGGAGGCAGCUGAUAAGACCCAGGCUCUGGACAUGAAGAAGCACUGCCUGCACAUUAUUGUCCACCAGUUCAUUAAGGUAUCCAAGCUCCCCAACCUGCGGUCUCUCAGCCAGCUGCUGCUGUUGGACAUCAUUGAGUCUCUAGCUACACACAUAUCAGACAAACAGUGUGCUGAGAUGGGCUCCGACAUUUAAGAGGACGCCAAGAGUCGGCCUCUUUUCUCUCACAGAAGCCAUACAUCUCUGCUCCACCUACUUCUAGUCAUUCCCUCCUUUUUUAUUUUGUUUUUUAUUUUUUUAUUUUUUUUAAAGAUGAUUUUUUUUGGGCAUUUUUAGGCCUUUAUU